UUUAAAAAAUGUCAUUAGUAUCUCUUUUGCAAAUUUUAUGUCUACUCUCAUUCACUGCUCCCAGUCUUUAGAAAAGAUGAUAAAAGCUAAUGGAUUGUGAGUCCAUUGGUCCUUAACAUUUUUUUUUUAAAAUACAAUUCCAAGCCAGCAAUACCAGUAAAUAAAUGUACAGUCAAAGGCUAACAAGAGCACAAACAAGGUUGCAAACAAAAUUAUUACACAGGCAACAAGUGAGCACACCAGUAAUCUAUGAUCCUACUGGUUGAAAUAAACUGUCCUGCUCUUAAUGAUUAACUGAAUCACAUGAUCUGCGUAUGUCAAUAGUGUGUCUGCUCAUUUGCUGGCUGCCAUACAUCACCAUCUGCUUCUAUGAGACUCUGACAGGAAGAGAGAGCCCUCAAGCCGCCUCCGCUGUAGCCACCUGGCUAGUGCUCUUCACCUCCACACUCAACCCGUGGAUCAACUCUAUGUCCCAGACGAGGUACAGAGUUGCCCUGCGCAGGAAUAUGAAUAAAAUCUGGCAGCGUGCACGCAAGAACUCCCUCUCCAGAAGUACAGAAAUGUGCAGAGAGACACACAACUGUCCCUCCUCAGUGUCCAGUGCACCUCAAGCACUACAAGCACACGCUGACCCUGUGAAUGAGCCUGAAGAGAGCUGAGCAUGCUUUUCUUACCCCGGCUGCUGUGUGAAUGUGAGACCAUGCAAAGAACUUGCUACAGAAAAUUAAUAAAAUUAACACCUUUUCAUGGGAACCUCAGUAACUAUCUGGGCUUCGGAGACAGAUGACAAGCACAAACAUGCAUAUUUAAUGACCUGAGCUGUAAAGUGAACAGUUUCUUCUGAAACAGCUCUUAUAGAGAGAAAUGUGGGAAAGGAAAUGUGACUCUCUAAAUAAAAACAUGUUUGUUUGGUUUUUUGUAAAAGAAUAUUGAAUAAAGAACUCUUGAUUUACUUUUUUUUUAAUAUUUAAAUGAACUUACAAGUGUUCUGAAUGAGAAAUAUGAGUAAUACUAAUUGGUGCUCUUCAGUUAGAAACGUUUUACCAGCUGUAUGAAAUGACUGUAUGUGGAUUAGCACAGUUGUCAUAAACAAACAGUUUCAUAUUGAGUAUUUCCAAAGAAUUAUUUUGUUGCAACAUUGUACAGAACUACAACAGGAAGACUAAGACUAAAAAAAAAAAAAAAAAAAAAAAAAGAGACUUUUUUUGUUUUUGUGGUCAUGAAGAGUACUCUGCCUGAGACAUAAAUUACUAGACAUACUAUAUUGCAAAACAAUAAAUAAUUAUCAAUUGAUUCCAUUUCAGAGAGCAACUUGAGCAAUUAUUCUUUCUCUUAAUAGGAUCUGCCCUCUAGUGGUUGAGCUUAACAUA